GAAAAUCGCAACCCGGUGGAGAAUCUGCGGGGCUCUCGCUUGACUUCAUUGAGCGCGUCUUUCUCUCUCUGUAUGUGUCUCCCUUCUUUUCGCGAAGGGCCCCACCCGCCGUUUCCGAAAAGGCGCUUCCAUUCCAGCGCCCAUAAAACCAUCUCUAAACAGGCUGCGGGAUAUAAAAGGCCCGACGGGAUCUGCCGAGGGGAACGGGGCGCCUUCUGAAGGCGGCGGGCCGAAGCCUGAGCUGGAGAGAAUCAUGCUCAGGACGGCGCCUGGGAAGUCCCGCUCCCUCGUUCUUCCUCGCAGCUGCACCGCUGGACUGCAUCUACCCGAGGAAGCAUGACGAGGGGCCCUGGCCGCCGAUCCUGGGCUCUGGUAGCCUUGCUGGCCCUGUUCACAGAGCUGGCAUCGAGCCACCCACAGUGCCUGGAUUUCAAACCGCCUUUCAAGCCUCCUCGCCCGCUCACUUUCUGCGUGCAAUACUCAAACUUCGGCUGCUGCGACGCGGGGCGGGAUGCUGCCCUGUUGGAACGUUACUAUCGCAUCAGCGAGCAUUUUGGCCAGGCCACCUACACCGCUUGCGCCAGCCACCUGCAGAGCCUCCUGUGCCAGGAGUGUUCUCCCUAUGCUGCUCAUCUGUAUGAUGCUGAAGACCCUUCUACUCCAGAGAGAACUGUUCCUGGACUAUGCCAAGAUUACUGCAUACAAGUAUGGCAAGAUUGUAGAUCAAUGUUUCGUUACUUAACUCCUGAUAAAGAGUUACUGGCCCUGGAAAAUAACAGGGUUAAGUUUUGUCGUUAUUUGUCCUUGGAUGACACAGACUACUGUUUUCCUCACCUCUUAAGUAAUGAGCGUCUUAAUCAAGACCUUGGGUUAGUGACUGCAGAUAAAGAAGGUUGUCUGCAGUUAUGCUUAGUUGAAAUUGCCAAUGGGCUUAGGAAUCCUGUUGCUAUGGUACACGCAAGUGAUGGAACUCACCGCUUCUUCAUUGCCGAACAAAUUGGUUUAGUCUGGACCUACCUUCCUGAUCUGUCACGGCUUGAAAAACCAUUUUUGAACAUCAGCGAAGCAGUACUUACCUCACCAUGGGAAGGGGAUGAGAGAGGAUUCCUAGGCAUUGCCUUCCAUCCUAAAUUCAAAUUUAAUGGUAAGGUAUAUGUCUACUAUUCAAUUGAAGUUCAGUAUGAAGAGAGAAUCCGAAUCAGUGAGUUCAGAAUUUCUCCUGGUGACAUGAAUUCAGUGGACCAUGGUUCUGAAAGUCCAGUGCAACUGAUAGUGAAAAUGCCAUCACAGAAUCCUAAGAUAAAAGCCACAACCAGAGUCCCAGCAAGGAGUAAAGUAACUACAGAAUCUUCACAAGCCACAACUCCAGACUGGAUGGAACAACUCUUGACUCUGCUUAGGAAUCAGAACGGAUGGCAGAUGACUACUAUAGCACCAAAACCCAAACCUUCAAAGCCCAGGAAAGGAGGAAGGCCUGGGAGGAGACCAUAUCGAAGGAGGAAGAAUAGGCCUUCCAGUGUUUCCCGACAACCACAGAAUGGUGCAGUCCGACUCAUGAAUGGCAGCACAAGAGGGAGAGACCAAGGAAGGGUUGAAAUUUUCAUCAAUGGGGAGUGGGGCACUGUGUGUGAUGAUUUGUGGACUUCUAAAGCAGCUGCAGUAGUUUGUCGCCAGUUGGGUUAUGCUUUUGUAAUCCGGGCCACCAAGAAAGCAGAGUUUGGGGAGGGACAUUCACUUUCGAUUUUACUUGAUGAUGUUCAGUGCAUAGGACAUGAGAAGACCCUGCUGGAAUGUUCCCAUUCAGAGAUCAGAAAGCACAAUUGUUCCCACAAAGAGGAUGCAGGAGUGAUAUGCAGUCAUGAAGAAGUUUUUGAGUAGAAACACCUGUAACAUAGCAUGAGGUUGUGCUGUGACUUUAAAAAAAACAAAAAACAAGACCACACAAAUACACUGUUAAGGUUAUCAGAUUAGCAUAUGGUUUUGGAAAGAUACAUGUCCAUAGGGCAGACUGGGAUGGUAAGGCUUCAGUAUGCCCAUGUGAUACCCCUGCUUCACAAGCUGCAGUGGUUAACAGUAUGGUUAUCCAGAUGUUAAAACUUAUUGGGAAUUUUUAUUCACCUAUCAAGUCCUUCCCAAGGGCUUGACAUAGGCAGGUUCGGGUGAUUGAUGAUGUUAAAAUAGCUUCCACAGGAUGUAAGCUAUUAGCUGUCUUUUGCAAUUGACCAAUGGUGAUUUGGUCAAUGGUGUUCAGAUGAUGGUCCAGUGGUUUUGGAAAAUUGUUUUAGGAUUGCACCCAAGGCACCUAUUUAUUGGUGCUGUCUUUGUUCUCUUUUGCCACAAUUAUUCGAUUUCUGUUUGCAGGUCCUUGUAUAUUGUUAUCUUCUCUAUUUCUUUCUCUUCUACUUUGCUGCUUCCACAUCCUGUCACAUCCACUAUCCAGAUUUUUUUUUGUCUUUCUUCUUAACAAUUGUGAAGUCUGGGGUUUAGCAGGUUCCUGUAGGCUUGAAUUUGAAUUUUAAACUCCCAGAGCAAUUUCACUUCUUCAUUUCCGAUUAUUUCCUCUACUUUAUGAUCCCACCCAGUUCCUUCUUGCAGGAAAAUGAUAUUUUUUUUCAGGCCCUUCCAAUCCACCAGUAUGCUCAGUGUGCUACCAGGUGCAAUUGAAGAUCCUGAUUAUCACUCAUAAAACUCUCUAUGGCAUAGUAUUUGAUUAUCAGAGGGAAUGUCUCAUGCUGCUUGCCUAUCCAGUACAAGCCAAUAGGUCAGUGCUCUCUGAGUCCUAUUAAACAGUCAUCUACCAGCACCCAAGAAGCAUGCCUUCUGGUCAUGGUACCUGCUAUCUGAUAUGGUCCUCCCUGAUAUUAUAUGGCCCCUAUCUUGAUGGGAUUCAAGAAAGCCUAAAAAUCUGGCAUUCUCCCAGUUUAUGGGAUAAUGUGGUUGGGACUCUCUGCAAAUUUUGUUUGGGAAUCUGGAUGUGGAGUUUGUUUGCCAGACUUAUCAACCAUUCUAAUUCUCCAUAUUGCUCAGUUGGGUGGUAACUAAAGUGAAUAAAUUAAAUUAAAGGGAUAUAUUAUAGUAAAUACUAUAUAGAGAGAGCAAGUAAUUGCUUGCCAUUUGAAAGUGGAACACAAACUAAAUAAUAUUAUAUGAUUCCUUCUGUAAAUAAGAAAAUAUAUUGUGCUGAAUGUUUUGAAUUAAAUUACGCACCAGAUGUCUAUGGAGAUUCUCAAUCAUCCAGGUCAUGGUUGUCCCAAAGGUGUUUUUUUCAAGAG